AUGGAGGCUCUGCGGGCGGCGGGACGGGCUGUGCUCAGGAGCCCUAGUCUGGCUCGGCAUCGCCUGGGCGUGUCCCGCCUCCGCCGACACCGGCAACAACUCCCAGAGACCUGGACUGACAUGCGUGAGCCUCUCUUGGAGGGCAUGGGGUUUGCCCUCAAGUACCUGGGCAUGACACUGGUGGAGAAGCCUAAAGGGGAGGACAUGGCGACCGCAGCCAUCCACCGGAUCAUUUCCAUGGCUCGGGUGGGACCCAAGAAGUUCCAGAAGGUGAUUCUGACUGUCUCGCCCCGCGGCCUUUCCCUGCAGGAUGCCGAGACAAAGGAGACCAUUGAAAAUGUCUCCAUCUACAGGAUUUCCUAUUGCACCACGGACAAGCUGCAGAACAAGGUCUUUGCCUACGUGGCACAGAACCCGCAGAGCGGAGCGCUCGAGUGCCAUGCUUUUCUGUCGCCCAAGAAGAAGAUUGCCCAAGCUGUGACACUGACUGUGGCACAAGCCUUCCAGGUAGCCCUGGAUCUUUGGGAGGCCGCUCAGGCAGGUAGGAACCCCUCUGUCAUUUUUGGGCUGGGGUCGGGCAAGUGA